AGAGGAAAUGAACCUGUUGCCAGUGGAAGCGGACGCUGGUGGUUAGAUUUGAAACAACGACCGAUCGACAAAAAAUGGUAACCAAAAGAAAAUGUCACCCAACCGAUUAUAUUUUAGUAUACAGUUUAUAAACUGAUUAAUAAGUAAUUAUGUUUAUACUGAAUUUAACAUCUUCGGUGUUUGUAUCAUUUUCAUUACUGCUAUCGUUUUUAUUUUUGUUUGUGACAUUAUUUGUCUCUGUCGAUCAGUCGUGUGGUUUUCCUACACCUCCGAACAGACAUUUGAAGGAAUCAGAAGCAACAGAAAUUAUUUUAAACAGAAUGCCAAUUGGUGCUAAAGAAAAGAAGAUGACGAACUUUUCGAAAAAUGAAUGUAAUUAUUAUAAGCAUAAUGCCAAAGGGAAACCUUCAAAACUUCGCUUUCAAUUCUUGCUGCAAAACGACACUGUUAAUUUAUUACUGUAUUUAGACAAAAUUUCCUCGUUUGAUGAUUUACCGAUAUAUCGUAUUGGAAAACGUGAAAAUCGAUUACUCUAUCUUCCGGUUUCUAAACAUCAAUAUCAAGAAGCUGCUUCGAUUUACGUCGGACCUAAGUCGUUGAUGUCUGUGAAGUGUAAGAAGUUUGUAAUUGGUAACCGGAUAAGAACUUACUUUGACAUUUCAGGGAUGUUCACACACAAAUCGAAAUGUUAUGGUAUAGCACCGAUUGAAAAACAGAAUGACGGUAAGAAGAACGGUCAGAAUUUUCAUUUAGUUUACGUAUUGCAUGAAAUCAAACCGGGCGACGUUAAUUUUUUUUCAUAUUUUAAUGCUGUUAGACGUAACAUUAAAAAACGAGGUUCAGUUCGCAAGAAGAGAAACCCGCAAAAGGCAUUCACCGUUGAACUUGGCAUUGUAAUUGAUUUUAGUGUUUAUUCGUUUUUCCUAUCAAUGCAGAGUGGUGAUAACAUGGAACAAAAAACAUUCGAUGUUGUUUAUUCGAUCAAAGAAUAUUACGCUUACAUGCUGUCCACCAUCAACGUGGUCUUCCAUUCGCUUCCGGACGAAGUUUUUAGCAUAACCGUUAAAUGCAGAAGUUUUUUCAUUUCUGAUAACGCAAGUACUUCAUGGUGGAUUGAAUCUCUUCAUGAUCAGUCGAGUCGAGUUGAAGCUGUUUCUGUGUGGAAUAGGUUUACCGACUGGUUGCAGGAACAACCGCUCAGCAAUACUUUACACUACGAAGACCACAUUCUGAUAAUAACCCGUCACAGCUUGAUCCAGUCGAGUGAAAAAUUAUUAGGUUACACACUGCUGUUAGGAAUGUGUACUGUGAAUUCUACAAGCAUCAUUCAAGAGAAGUUUGGUCUCUACACAGGACUAGCGGCGGCACACGAGCUAGGACACAGUUUGGGAGUUUUACACGAUGGAAAAAAUAACACAUGUGACCCAGCCGAUGAAUUUAUCAUGGCACCUAGUCUCGGUCCUCGCGAAAAUGAAUAUAGAUUGAACAGAUUCAAGUUCUCUCGUUGUUCAUAUGGUUAUUUAAAGAACAACUUGCAUAAGAUGACUUGUCUUUUAGACUUCGAUGCUGAGGUUGAUACUGAAUUGAAAGCUUUCAAAGAAAUGAAGCCGGGACAGAGAUACAGUGCGAAUUGGCAGUGCCAAAUGCGGUUCGGAACAAAAUCUAAUAUCUACAAUUGUCGAGACAAGAAUAUUUUCAAUGAAGCAUUUUGUACGAACAUGUGGUGUGACAAUGGUGAAGGUGAAUGUUUGAAAAUUAUUCCUUUAGAAGGCACAAUGUGUAGCCCGAGGGAGUGGUGCAAAAAUGGCCGUUGUAUUUAUUCAAACACAACAAAUAUCGCAAUGCAAGACGAUGAAGACUGCUGGUUGGGAGAUAAAUUAUUCUACACAACCUUCCGAAUGCCUCAUGUUACGUGUCACGAAAUUGUAUCCCAACAACCGUGGUAUUGUUACAAUCAAAAGUUCUACAAAGAAUGCUGUUGGACAUGUGCAUUCUUCAAAUAUCCACAUUUACAUGAAUGCGAAUACGGCGACCGCCGAACUGAUUGUUUAGUCCAGAACUGUGUCGCUUACGACUUCCAGAAACGCCACAUCGACUGUUGUUUUACGUGCCGUCAGAGAAGCAUGUUUGAUAACACAUGAAACAGGCGAGGCUGAGCGAGAAAUUUUAAUGGACACUAACAAGGGAAGGUACAGGGGAGGAGUGAGAGAGAUAGUUUAGAGAAGAUCAGAAAGAGAGAGAGAGAGAAUGAUGGAGAGAGAGAAACAGAGAGAGAAUGAGAAGAAAUAAGAUAACCAUGAACAAGCAGUUGUUAUAGACAAAAAGAAAAGAGAGGCAAAAAGAGAGAGGAUGAGUCUUAUUCAAAGAAAGUUUGUUUCACAAACUGUACCUUUUAACAUAGCAUCCCUGACAAUUUUAAUUAUUACCACUUGAGAGCAAUACUAACUGUACUAACUAAAUUAUUAUAUAAAUGCACGCAGAUCAACCUC